CGGCCGGCAUUUUUGACAGAAGGUUUGUUUACUGUGCUAUUAGCGCACAAACGCCUCGCGUCCUUUCCGAUAUGAUUUCCUCAAGCAUGCUACAGAUCAGCAAGUUGAUGACGCGAACGGGUCUACAUCGUGCCUAUUGUACAGAUCCUACCCGUAUCGAGAAGACUGUAAACACUGUCACGCUGCUCGGGCGUGUUGGUGCGGAUCCACAACGCCGCGGCAAUGAUGAGCAUCCUGUCGUGAUGUUCUCCGUAGCGACACACUCCAACUACAAAUACGAAUCGGGCGACUGGAUGCAGAAAACGGACUGGCACCGGGUGGUAGUUUUCAAGCCGGGUCUCCGAGAUGCCGUGAUGUCGUAUCUGAAGAAGGGCCAGCGCACGAUGGUCACCGGCAAGAUAACUUACGGAGAGAUAACCGACCAGGAGGGAAAGCAACGAGGCACCACCAGCAUCAUUGCCGACGAUGUGAUCUUCCUUCAAAAUUAAGCGCCACACGCGUUCGGUGGUGCGCAUUUUGCAUUUGCAUUUGUUGUGUAUAGUGUUUGGUUAGCAUUUUGGAAAGAAAUAAAGUGUUGCUAUGAAAUGUA